AUGUCAAUUGACGAUUUUCUAUAUCAUUUAGAAUUAAGUCAUUUCUAUCAAGCAAUAGAUGAUCAAACAAAAGCAAAAAGAGAAUGUCUCGACGGAAUCAAAUGUUUAAAUAGUUUUUCAAAAGGGGUAACCUCCAAGGUAUCACCAAGACCACCACCUGGUACCACCAAAACUCCGACCCACACUACCACACAAAUUCCACCAGAACGUCUAAAAUUGCUAUCUCAAUAUGCAUUGAAUCAUUACAACAAUCUAUCUAAACCCCUUUCAAUAACAGAAAAGCUUGAUUGGAUGUGUUCUCGAUUUUCAAAGGCUGAAAUCUUCCCACCAGUAAUUGAAUUUUCCCCUGACUGGACAUCGCACCAUACAAAUUUCAUGGAUCUAGAUCUUCCCACUCCGUAUCAAGACCAAAAUAAGUCAAUUGGGAAACUUCCAUAUGAAGCAGAGUUUAGACCGGUCGAUAUAGAUGAUUGGAGCAAUCAAUAUGAGGACUUGACCUCAUUAUAUCAAGAUAUGUUGUCAAAUUGUUCAUUCGUUUCUUCAAUAUUAGCAAUUGUUGAUUCAUCCUCUCAAUUUCUGCUUAUAAACAUGAUAAGUCCACAUACAUCCAAUUCAAAAUAUAAAGUGAUACUUCAUUUUAAUGGACUACCGAGAAUCGUGACUAUUGAUAAUCGAUUACCAUUUCUUAUUGGAAGCAAUGAAGAUCGAAAUGUAUUUAUUAAAUCAUUUACUGAUCCUCAAUUAUAUUGGCCAGCAUUGAUUGAGAAGGCAUAUUUGAAAGUAAUGGGUGAUGGAUAUGUUUUUAACGGAUCCAAUAUGGCGAAUGAUACAUAUAUGUUAACCGGCUGGAUUCCGGAAAUAAUAAAAUUACAAAAUGGGAAAUUACCGAAUGAAUUCAGAUGGCUUUGGAAGUAUAAACAGGACGGAGAGAUUAUAUUAGGGAUAGGAACGGGGAAGAUUAGUAAGAAAUUAAGUACGCAUUUAAAGCUAAUUUCUGAACAUGAUUAUGUUAUUGAUAGAUAUAAUAUGGCUGGUAAUAAUUUAACAUUAAAGAAUCCUUGGAUUAGCAAUUCCUUAAUAGAUCGAUUUAUUUCCAUUAAUGAUUUGACUUGCUUUAGAUAUCUUUAUGUUAAUUGGAAACCAUCCAAUUUGUUCAAAUAUUCAUAUAGACAAAGUUUUAUUUAUCGUGUGAAAGACGAUUGUAUAUUUACUCAUCCACAAUUCACCUUAAAGAAUAACACUAUAAAAGAACAAGAAGUCUGGUUACUUCUUGAAAGACAUUUAGAAUCUUCAGAGCAACAGCCUCAAGGAUGGAUAAAUGUCGGCAUAUUUGAGACGUCAUCAAAAGUAUUGACACCAACCCAAUUUAGAAAUAUAAAUUUAUCCGAAGAAACAAACAACAGAUUACAUCUAAUUAAAGUGAAAACGCAGCCGCGUGGUAGUUAUACUGCUGUUGUAUCUUCCAAUAAGAAUUGUAAUUUCACAUUGACAAUGUUUAAUAACAUUUCAUCGGAUUUCACCUUUUCGAAACUGAAAUAUUUAUACAACUACACAUUACCAGCAAUUGAAGGUGAAUGGGCCGAGGGAUCUAACGGAGGAAAUUGGUCAAUGUCAACGUAUAUCAAUAACCCACAAUAUGAUUUGAUAGUAAAAGAACCUAGUAAAUUAAUUGCAGUUUUAUAUGGUGAACAAGAGAUGCAAGUUAAUUUUCAUUUAUUUCAUAGUGAAAAGUCAAGAAUAGGAAAGAAGAUUCAUAGUUUUGAUAAAUCGAAAUUACUCAAUAAUGAAAAUUACAAUUCCAGAUUUCAAUUGAAUAAUUAUAAUUUAAUGCCUGGUUGUUAUAAGUUAGUUGUAUCGGGGUAUGAUAGAUCAAAGGGUAAAUUUGUAUUACUUUUGAAUUCUUCAUCACAACUUACAAUCGAGAAAAUACCUCAAAAUAUCGGAUUAUUUAUCAGAAAGAAGGAAUUCAAUUGGGAAAAUACAAAUCGUUAUAAACUCUACUUUGAACUCACAACCUAUAGAACCCGACUACUGUUUCAUAUCAAUCAUUUCAACAAUAGCGACAAAGAUUACGAAAUUCUAACAAAUUAUAGACCAGCAAUUAGAGCAUCAAUAUUUGAUGCAAAUACAUCAAUGCCAAUACAAAUUAAUGAAAAAUUUGAUGAUUCAUUGUACGGAGUAUUUAUAGAAGCUGAAAUUGAAAGAGUUGGCACUUAUAUUCUCUUGAUUGAAAGAUUUGAAAUUGGUCUUGGGAGAUGUGUUAUUGAAGUGGGAAGCAAUUAUAGAAUAGAAUUAAAGUAG